AUGCCACCCUUCACUGGUGCUUGGCUAUCUAAGGGACUGUGGCCACAGCGGCUACUGCGAUCUGUAGACCACCCAACAGCGGAGGUCGCUGCUGUAGCGCCUGCUGCUGCUGCAGCUGCGGCUGUUGUUGCUGCUGCUGCUGCACCGACAGUUGCUGCCUCCGCUGCUGCGGAGGUGCCUUCGGCUCGGGGCAGUAAGUGUAGCGCCGACAGAGAGGGCGUUCCGGGGUGUCCUGCGAGUGGAUCGCCAGCUCCUCCGAAGCCCGGGGCCGUUCGGAAGGAUCCGCCGAGCGCGCUUGUUGGGGAGGCUGUCUCACCGCUGCCCGAUGCGCAGUCGGGGAGUGGAGCUCUCGCAGUGGAGGCCUCUGCCGACGGAGGGCGUAGUGGUUCUUCCAUGGCUGGAGGCCAUUCCGGCAUGUUGGAUGGUGGGGGUGGCGACUCGGGAGCCUUGGCGGGGGGGGGAGGGGGGGGCACGACGACGGCAGUCCCUUCUAGGGGCGGCAUGCUAGGAGCGCAGCACGAUGCGGAGGGAGACGCUGUUGCGGCGGGUGGGUAUGAAAUGGGGGGUGGCAGCAACCCUUUGGAAGUUGGGGAGCUUGAUGGCGAGCCUCAGGAGGGGGGCCUGGUUGCGCGUCCGGUUAUUACCCUUUCGAACGGCGUAACGUAUGUGGGGCAGUGGCUAGGCAGCAAUAAGCACGGCUACGGUGUGCAGCAGUGGCCGGAUGGCGCCAAGUACGUUGGCGAGUGGGUGGGGGGGUAUGCGGAGGGUCACGGUGUCUUUACGCAUGCGGACGGAGACUACUACGACGGGGAGUGGAAGGCGGACAAGGCCAAUGGCUACGGCGUCUACCGGCAUGCGGACGGCAGUGAGUACAGGGGGGGCUGGCGGGAUGACAAGAAGCACGGCGAGGCGCGAGAGCGGUGGGCAGACGGCUCGCACUUCGAAGGCACUUACGUGGAUGGGAAGAAGGAGGGGCCUGGCACUUUCACGUGGCCUGAAGGUUCGCGAUACACGGGCAACUUUACUGCGAACGAGAUAGACGGCGAGGGGCGGUACGUGUGGGCAGACGGCCGCUGCUACGAGGGCCAGUGGAAGAGCAACAGAAUGCAGGGGCACGGAACGUUUACGUGGGCAGACGGCAGGAAGUAUAUUGGGGGCUAUGUGGCGGAUAAAAAGGAAGGCCAGGGGACCUUCUUGUGGACUGACGGGAGGGCUUUCACGGGUGGGUGGCUUAAUGGGAAGCAGCAUGGGCCGGGGGAGUUUACGUCUCGCAGCGGCGAAAAGAAGCGCGGCAUAUGGGAGUCGGGAAGGCGUAUUGCGUGGCUAGAUGAUGAGGGCAACGAGAUCCCAGACGGUAACCCCUCAGCUCCCGUAGCGCCCGCUGCCAGCGCGAAUAUGCAGGCUGACACUACUGCAGGUGGUGCUGUCGCAGCUGCGGGCGAAACAGCGGUAGACACUAAUACGCCUCCUGCCCAGCCGAGCCGCUCGGCAUCUGGUUCUGCUGGAGGCGCUCGAGGUGGCUCAGGCUCCUCUCAGGCAUUCAAGUACACACUCACAUUACAUCAACAUCCACACCACACCACCCCCGUGGAGCUUCACCUCUCUUUUCCGGAAACGAGACGCUGA